GAUUGAGCUUCCAUCCCUAGUCGAAAUACAACCCUUCCACGAAAGCGUCUGUCAAAGCGGUCCAUUUAACUUUCCUUUUGGCCGAGUUUUCCGACUAGAAUGAAGUGACUAAACUGACACCGACUUCUUUCUUUAAAUCAGCGUCAGAUUUUCGCUGUGCAAGCUCAGUUUUGGGCCAUCAAACACACACACACGCACGCGAAUUUACCGUUUGAAAGCGCACGAGCGAAUUGCAAAGUCGGCAUUUUUCACGUGCCCUGCGUUUUUUCUCUGAAUUCCUACAAAAUAAAGCGUCGAGCGGAUUCCAAUAUGUCUGAGCUCGAUUGGGACGAUCCAAAUUACGUGGAGGCUCCGGCCAAGGUUCAGGAGUACUCCAAGAUGAAUGAUAAGUACGAAAGGAGCCUCAGACGCGAUGACAACUCUCGUGGAUACGGCGGUGGCGACAGGAGGCGGGACGAUAAUCGUGGAAACCGCGAUGAUUACGGCGGAGAUCGCCGGGAUAAUCGAGGUUACGGCGGAGGAAGGCGUGACAAUCGGGAUAAUCGCGAUGAUUACGGAGGAGGAGGACGCCGUGACAAUCGGGACAAUCGCGAUGAUUACGGAGGCGGUUUCAGUGAAUCUCUGAGCAUCGCUUCCGAUAUGAUCGGAAGGAUAAUUGGAAAAGCCGGAUCAAAUAUAUCCCGGAUUCAGACCGAUUUCGAUGUCCGCGUGAAUGUGGACAAGAACGAUUUGGUAGUCAAGAUAUCGGGCAGCUCCCAGAGCAACGUCACCGAUGCCAUCGAACACGUUCGCAAGCAGGUCUCCAGUGAUUCAGGAAGGGAUCGUGAUAGAAGGGGCAGCGGUUCCUACGGAGGAGAUGGUGGCGGCGGAGGAGGUUAUGGAGGAGGCGGUAGGAGCUAUGAAGGAGGAAGUGGCGGAUAUGGCAGAUCCAAGGGGAGUAGCUACGAAUUCAAUCCGCCGGCAUCCUCUAAUAACGAUGGUGGAGAUCUCACCGGCUCCAUCGAUUGGGCAUCCCUUAAUAAGGCUUCGGAAGCAGCCACUAAGGCUCGGUGGGCCAAGUGUCCUCCGCUGACGAAGAACUUCUACAAGGAGGCGCCAGAGGUGGCCAAUCUAACCGAGUCCCAGAUCGAGCGCAUUCGUGCUGAUAAUAACAACACCUCGGUCUCUCACGUUUUCGAGCCGAAAGAGGGAGAGACCGCGCCGCCCAUUCCCAAUCCAGUUUGGACUUUCGACCAAUGCUUUUCCGAAUACCCGGAUCUUCUGGGCGAGAUCACCAAGAUGGGCUUCUCCAAGCCCUCGCCGAUUCAAUCGCAGGCGUGGCCCAUUCUCCUCCAAGGACACGAUAUGAUCGGCAUCGCUCAAACGGGCACGGGCAAGACACUGGCCUUCCUGCUGCCCGGCAUGAUACACACGGAGUACCAGAGCGUCCCAAGGGGUCAGAGGGGCGGUGCCAACGUCCUCAUACUGGCGCCCACUCGAGAGUUGGCCCUUCAGAUUGAAAUGGAGGUGAAGAAGUACUCCUUCCGCGACAUGAAAGCCGUUUGUGUGUACGGCGGUGGCGACCGUCGCAUGCAGAUCUCUGACUUGGAGCGCGGUGCGGAGAUCAUCAUCUGCACACCGGGCCGCCUUAAUGAUCUCGUCCAGGCCAACGUUAUCGAUGUGAGCACCAUCACGUAUCUGGUGCUCGACGAAGCCGAUCGCAUGCUGGACAUGGGCUUCGAGCCGCAGAUUCGCAAGGUAAUGCUGGACAUUCGCCCGGAUCGACAGACCAUUAUGACCUCUGCCACCUGGCCACCGGGAGUUCGCCGUCUGGCGCAGAGCUACAUGAAGAAUCCCAUCCAAGUGUGCGUCGGUUCGCUCGAUCUGGCGGCCACGCAUUCGGUGAAGCAGGUGAUUGAGUUGCUGGAGGACGACAAGGAGAAGUUCAGCACGAUCAAGUCGUUCGUGAGGAACAUGACCAAAACGGACAAGAUCAUAAUAUUCUGCGGUCGCAAGGCUCGCGCCGAUGACUUGUCCAGUGAUCUUACGCUGGAUGGCUUCAUGACCCAGUGCAUCCAUGGCAAUCGCGAUCAGAGCGACCGUGAGCAGGCCAUAGCCGACAUCAAGUCGGGCGCCGUGCACAUCCUGGUGGCCACCGAUGUGGCAUCUCGUGGCCUGGACAUCGAGGACAUCUCACAUGUCAUCAACUAUGAUUUCCCCCGCAACAUCGAGGAGUAUGUGCACCGCGUGGGUCGCACGGGACGUGCUGGACGCAAGGGCACCUCGAUAAGCUUUAUCACUCGCGAGGACUGGGGCAUGGCCAAGGAGCUGAUUGAAAUCCUGCAGGAGGCGGAGCAGGAAGUGCCCGAGGAGCUGCACAACAUGGCCAGGCGUUUCAAGGCCAUGAAGGAGAGGCGCGCUGCUGAAAGCGGCGGAUUCGGUGGAGGAGGAGGAGGUCGCUUUGGUGGCGGCGGAGGAGGACGCAGUGGCGGUGGCGGUCGCGGCGGUGGAGGCCGCAACUUCGAUAGAUUUAACUUCUGAUUGAAUCUCCAGUUUGCAUUUUGUAGUUAUUAGAGACCACAGCGCAUUGAAGUGCCUUGAAAUUUUGUUUAACAAAUUUGUUUAACGAUUCUUCUAUCCAAAGAUAGAUAAAACACCGAAAUAAACCCAUUGUGGGGAUUAAAAAA